AUGGUCUCUAUCCGAAUAUUUUUACUAAUUCUCAUCGUAUUUUUUGUUGUCACUCUUUGUUUUUUCAACAAAAAGCCUGAAAUUAAAUUAUCCGAACUAACUGAAAAAGUUGUCUAUGUUGAUGAUGUUUUUAUACACGAGGAAAAGGAUUUCGAAAAGUGUCGAGUUGAAAUUUGGAAUAAUAAGACAACUUGGGAAAUUCCGAGGGUGGAGGAGCUGAAAUUAUUAGCCGAAUUCAAUGUAACUGCUAAUGUGAGUACGGUAUCCUAGAAAUCUACAAACACUGUCACAUUUAUUUAGGAAGGCUUGGAAGAUGGAGAACUUCGUCUAAUUUCUGCAUUUCUCUAUGAAGAUGAGAUAGUUGUGACAACUUCAAGGCAGAGGAGAUAUGAGAUGGGGUGAGCUCCGUACAGAAAACAAUUAGUCUAAAUGAAUUCUCGUUCAGAACUCCAGUUUAUUGUCGAUAUUUUGAUUGUAAUCGUGUUGAAAUCCCAGGAUCCAUUUACAAAUCCUUCUUUUUUCCUUUGACUUCAGUACAUUGUUUACGAAAAGCUGGUGCUAAUUAUAUUUCUUUGAGUUUGACCGAAAAUGACGAACCUCAAGAGCCUGUUCCAUUUAUCCAUCGACUGUAUAAGGAGCCUCAAUAUGAAUUAGGAGUUUGUAGUGGACAAUUAUAUGGAAUGGAUGCGAAGUGGAUGCAAAUCGCUGAAUUUGUUGAGCAUCAUAAAUUGAUUGGUGCAAGAAUGUUCUAUUUUUCUGUUUUUGAAAUCGAUGGAAUGACUCGAAUGAUAUUAGAUGAAUAUGAAAGAAGUGGAUUUGCUGAAGUAUCAAUGAUAAAUACAGAAUACACAAAUGCAGCUAUGAUGAGACAUAUGGUUCAGAUUCAUGAAUGUUUUUAUCGAGCAAGAAAACAAUCAAAAUGGUUACUUCAUGUUGAUCACGAUGAAUUCCUUAUUCCGACAGGAAAACCAAUGCUUUCAUACAUAAGAAGUCUCGGAGAUUACACUGCAGAGCUGAUUUUUGCUAUAAGAAGAAUCGCGAAAUUUGAGGAAUCUCUCGAAAAAUAUAACAACGUUGAAGAAGUAUCAAAUGAUAUUCAAAUUGCAAAUUAUAACUUUACACAUGGUCCGACUUAUGGUGCCCCUAAAGUUAUGAUUCGACCGGAUAAAGUAGAUGCAGUACUUUUACAUUGGUCCUAUGGUAUGGAACCUGGAUACAAAGUUAAAGUGGUCCCAAAGAAUAUCGCUAUUAUUAAUCAUUAUCGCACGAUUUCUCGCAAAUUUCUGUGGUCAGAUUUUAUGGCGAAGUAUAUGAAGCAAAAGACGAAGUUUUUGCAUGAAACUUUGCAAGUGGAAUAUGUGGAAAAGUUGCGCAAAAAUGUAGCCAAAGUGAUACAAUAUGUUUUUGAGAAACAUGAUGUGACGUGUGAGGCAAUUGCUCCGGAUUAUCGAAGAAUUGCGAAGCCAUAUGUAGAAAAAUUAGGAGUCUGUAAAUAA